GAAUUGGUACAUGCGCAGAUAUAAUCGAAGGAGAGAUCCAACAUGGCGGCGUCGUUAAUUUCUCGGCAAAUACUAUGCGACCGGGUUUUGUGCUCCAAGUUAGCACUAUGCAAAAGGACACUAUCUUUAUCAAGCAUCCUUUUCCAAAAGCCACCAGCACCAGGCCAGAAAAAGGUAUAUAUACGGGAAAAACCUCACUUAAAUAUUGGUACCAUCGGGCACGUGGACCAUGGAAAGACGACAUUGACAGCCGCAAUCACCAAAGUCCUUUCACAAAAGAAGGCUGCAAAGUUCCUCAAAUAUGAUGACAUAGACCGAGCACCUGAAGAAAAGAAGCGCGGCAUUACGAUCAACACAGCUACUGUGGAAUACAAUACAGAAAAACGUCAUUAUGGACAUAUAGAUUGCCCGGGACACGCUGAUUACAUAAAAAACAUGAUCACAGGAACUGCCCAGAUGGACAGCUGUAUUUUGGUGGUAGCAGCUACAGAUGGAACUAUGCCACAGACGAGGGAACAUCUUCUGCUUGCUAAACAGAUCGGUAUCGAAAGACUAGUUGUCUUUAUAAACAAGGCAGAUGCAGCUGAUGCUGAAAUGAUUGAGUUGGUGGAAAUGGAAAUAAGAGAAACACUCUCUGAGUUUGGAUUUGAUGGGGAUAAUACACCCAUUGUUGUCGGGUCUGCUUUACAGGCUCUUGAAGGGGUUAAUGAAGAACUCGGGGCUAAGAAAGUCAGAGAACUGCUUGAUGCUGUUGAUAGUUAUAUUCCUGAUAUGGUUCGAGACCUUGACAAAGAUUUCCUUAUGCCUGUUGAGUCUGUUUUUACCAUUUCUGGACGUGGAACAGUCGUGUCUGGUCAAGUCAUGCGUGGUGUUGUGCAGAAAGGAGACGAAGUUGAGCUUAAAGGCCAUGGUAUCACCAUAAAGACACUGCUUACUGGUAUUGAAAUGUUCAAUAAAAGUCUAGAUAGAGCAGAGGCUGGAGACCAGCUUGGAGCACUUUUGCGUGGUCUGAAGAAGACUGAUGCCAGGAAAGGAAUGACUCUCUCCAAACCAGGAACCAUUGUUUCAGCAAAUAAUAUUACUGCAAAAGUUUACCUGUUAAGUCCUGAAGAAGGUGGAAAGAAGGCACCCUUUGUACAUGGCAGUCAAGCUCAGAUCUACAGUACAACAUGGAGAUGUCCAGUGUUCUUUCAAUUGAAUGAAAACAAGCCCAUGUUGAUGCCAGGAGAAGAUGCUUCAGUUGAUAUUUAUCUUCUGAAGAACAUGUGUAUGGAUGUUGGACAGCGUUUCACCAUCCGCGAUUCCAACCUCACAACAGGGUACGGUGUGGUCACCGCUAUUAAUCCAGACGUAGACAUGAAAUCUUAUCAGGGAGAUAGGAGGAAGGUGAAAUCAGCCAAGAAAAAGGAAUUGAAAAAGGCUGAACAAGGUCUAUAACCACGCGAAAUGGAAAAGACUUAAGCAUUAUCAGAAUUGAUCAUAUCUGUUUCCACAGAGUUUUGUGAAUGGUCCAGUUCCAAGGGAGAGAAAGUAUUUCAACUUGUACAGUUGAAUCUUUAUGAGGUUUUUUGGUUUAGUUGUCAUGUAUAUUAUAUACACUGAAGGUUAAUUGAACACAAUUUGCAUGCACUACUGCUUUGGUUUCAGAAAUUACUGUAGUAUAUAUAUUGUUUAUGUGCAUCGGAUAACCCCACAUAUGUUCAUUGUACAUGUGCUAACCUUGUGCUACAAAGUAUACUUUAUAUAUAUAUAGACUUGGUAAUGAGAAACCAAGUGAUUAAUUACAGAUCAAAGGAGGGACGGCCCGGACAGAUAGAUUUAAUCACCUGGAGAUGAUCAAUGGUUUGAGAAAAGUCUUAAUCGCAAAAUUAGUUUAUAUGUUUGAGAUAUUCAUUUGUAAAUAUCAAAGACGAUUUUGAAAGCUCCUGUUUCUGAUCAAAUAAGAUGCCAUUUUUUGCCAUGUUGCAUUAUCAAAGCAGAUGAAGUAUAUGUAGAAGCCCUCAUGAUCAGAAGACAGUGUUUGUAUAACUGUGUAAGAGUAUUCACAAUUUUAGAAAUCAAAAUGGCCGGAAUAGCUGUUUUCCACAUUUUCAAUGGUGAUGCAAAUUUAAUAUUUACUUGAUAAACUAUAGCCAUAUCGAUAUGGUUUUCAUUUUUUAGAUAUUCUUGAGAAUGGUUCACAGGAGCUUUCCAAAUUUCUGUCUGUCAUGAUGUUUUCUGUACUGAGUGAUAAUUAAAAGAGUAAAGACAAGAAAA